GUAACAGAUCAAGAUAUGCAAAACCAGCUUAGAUUCAGUCUGCAUGCAUCAGAUAUGACACCUCAAACUACAGAAUGGCUGGUCCAAACCACAGAAGACGGAUCUGAGCAAUAUUAUUAUAAUCCUCGUACACAGGAAAUGAGAUAUUCUAUGCCUCCCGAAGGUGCAAUGGAGGAAAAAAUAAAAGAAGCUUUAGGCUCUAGUAGUAGCCAUGGUAGCUUGCAUGAAUCCUAUCAUACCAACUCUCCAAGAUACAUGGAUCAUGAACAUAACACUGAAAAACCACCUGUACGUCCUGAACGUGCACCAAAUAGAAUGAUGAACGAGGAAUUUGGAAACGAUUUUCGUCAUAGUAUUCGUCCUGUGCAGCACCAGAGACCCAGUGAAGAGUACGAAGAUGAUGAUAGGGUAAAAUAUAAUAAAAAAACCGCGCAUGCCCUCAUUCUCACUAAUUAAGGAUAAAAACUAGCUUCCACCUAAUUGGACACGUAAAAUGACACCCAAAGGUAGAUACUAUUAUUACAACAUGGCAACAGAAGAAACAACAUGGGAACUGGAGAACAUUGAUCCUGAUACUGGCAUUCUUAUUUCUUCGUUACCCGAUUCAUUUCCCACAUCACCAAAGCAAUACACAAGUAUAGAUGAAAUGUCAAUGAACGAUCAAUCAAGCAGCGUUUACAGCGAUGAUAAAGUGGCUAUUUCAUGGCAAAGUCUGUCGACAUCCAUUGGCCAUGCAGUUCAUAACCUGAGAGAAUCCAUUCGCCAGGGACAAAAUGCUUAUUUUGGAGAGGAUACAACCACCAUUGUACAUCGAAUUCGAUUAUUACUUUAUGUAUCCAACUGUCUGGAUAAGGAAACAUCCGUCCAUUUGAAAGCCAAUAAGCAGCUUCGUACACAACAUCGCACUCUUUUAGCCUCUCUGGCCAAACUCGUGCUUGCCACCAAAGUCGCUUCCAAUGCUUUGGCCAGUCCUGAAGCACUGUCUAAGUUGCAGUCUGAUUCUGAAGACGUCAUGGUAUCUUUACGCCAUUUCCUGACAUGUGCUCAGCAAGCAUCUAUAGAAAUUAAGGAUACCAAACCUUCAUUAACAUGCGAUCAAAACUUAUGGCGUCAUAGCCCCUUUGUGAUCAAGAACAGCAGUGGAAUUAGUAUGCUUGGUAAAGCGGACAUGGUGAAUGCAACUCUGGUAUUAGUAAACAAUGUGCGAUCUGCCAUGAAUGCAUUUAUGGACAGUGUGCGUGAUGCAUUUUCUAAUUUUGAAAAUCAAGAUAUUCAAGGCACGUUAGUAAAAUUGAAAGCCAAUGCCCCAAUGCUUGUUGCUCAAUUUAGAAAUCUCAGUAACACCACCAGCAUCCUAUUAAACUCGAUUGAAGAAGUCUGUCAAUUAAAUCAGGGGAAUGCCAAAGCUUUAAUUUUAAUUAAAUCGAAGCAGCCCAUUUAUGCCGCUAUGGGUUCUUUGUUUGUUGUGUCUCAAACUAUCACAAGCGUAGAUCAAGAUGCCGCUCAAAUGGAACUCGCCUAUCAUCGUCUGGUACAAUGCAUAGAGGUGAUUGAAUCGAGUAUCAGCCAUGUCUUGGAUGCUACACACAAACAAACAGACGAUAGAGUGGAACCCAAUAAUAGCUCCACUGGGUCAAUUGGUGAUGAUGAAGAUAAAUCCGAGGAAUUUACGACUCGUCCACCUGAUAUUGGAUUGAACACACUCUUGUCAAGUUCUUCUCUGGCUGAGUCAGAAACCAGUAGUUUGCAUAGUUUGAAUAAUGUGCGUCAAGUCAAGGAAGGAAAGAUUGCUAAAUUCUUUGGUGAAGACACGAUGGAAGCAGCACGCCGUCGUGAUACAGUAACAGCUACUCCUACAUCUACUGUGCUGAAUGCAUCCAUGUCGAAUGCGGGUAUGAGUAGUAUUCACGGAGACAUACCCUGGUUCCUGGCAUCUGACGUUGGAGCCAACGAUAUGGUACUAAACAUGGAAGGUAAUGUGAAGGGAGGUUCAUUACAUGCACUUGUGCAACGUUUAACUCAACACGAUCAAUUGGAUUCUAAAUUUAAUUCGACGUUCUUACUGACGUAUCGAUCAUUUUGUACAACCGAGGAAUUAUUUGAUGAGCUCUUUCAACGCUAUCAAUUGGUCCCACCCGAAGAAUUAACCUCUGAAGAAUUGGAAAUAUGGAGAGAAAAGAAACUGAAACUAGUUCGUCUAAGGGUUUUUAAUGUCAUUAAAUCAUGGCUUGAAACUUACUUUAACGAGGAAGAAGACAGACCUAUUUUACCAGAAAUUAGUCAGUUUACAGAUCAUGUAAUUGUAGAAUCCAUGAAAUUUGGUGCAGAACAAUUAUCGAAAUUGAUCAAGAAACGUAUGCAAUCCGAAGAUUCAGGACAGAUCCGAAAAAUGAAAUUAAAUGUACGUACAGCGGAUAUGCCGGCACCUAUUUUACCCAAAAAUAUGAAGCGAAUCAAAUUUCUCGAAUUGGAUCCACAUGAAUUGGCCCGACAAAUGACAGUAAUGGAUUUCCGACUUUACAACCGUAUUAAACCUGUUGAAUGUCUUGAUAAAAAUUGGGGUAAACCUGAUACAGAAGUCGGACAUAUUGCUGCCAAUGUAAAGGCCUCAAUUGAACACUCAAAUCAAGUGACAGCUUGGGUAACUGACUCUAUAUUGAGUAAAGAUGAAAUUAAGAAGCGAGCGGUUGUCAUGAAGCAUUGGAUAUUUGUUGCGGAACGGUGCCGCUUAUUAAACAACUAUAAUACAUGUAUGGCCAUUCUAUCUGCAUUCGAUAAUGGAUCUAUUGGGCGGUUAAAGCGUACGUGGGAAUUAAUCAGCGCUCGUUCUAUGCAGAUUCUUCAAAACAUUCGAAAGUUAAUGGGCGCAAAUCGUAACUUUAGCGAAUAUCGCGAAAUUAUUCAUAAUGUGAAUCCACCGUGUAUCCCGUUUUUAGGCAUUUACCUUCAAGAUUUAACUUUUAUUGAAGAUGGCAACUCUAACUAUCUUAAGAAAACGAAUAGCUUAAUUAAUUUUGCUAAACGAAUGAAGACAGCUGAAGUGAUUCGAGAUCUUCAACAGUAUCAGUCAACCCACUAUAUGUUGACAGCUGUACCUGAUAUCCAGGAAUUUAUAAAGACACAUUUGCAUUCUAGCAGAGAAGAGGAAGAAUUAUAUAAUUUAAGUUUAAAAUUAGAACCAAGGGAACGUGGCGAGGACACAAUUGCUAGAAGACUAAAGGAAUCCGGUUUAUAAAUUAAAUAUUUUUGAUUGGAUAAAUAAAUUUGUAUGACUUGCAUUUUUUUUU